CGCGCGUCUAUGACGUCAUUUAGGCUCGACCCUUAUUUUUGGUGCUGAGUUUGUGGGCCACUCCUGUGAACUAUGCCUAAAGUUGUUUCCCGGUCGGUUGUCUGCUCCGACACCCGAGAUCGGGAGGAAUACGACGAUGGCGAGAAGCCCCUCCACGUCUACUAUUGUUUGUGCGGCCAGAUGGUCCUGGUGUUGGACUGUCAGUUGGAGAAAUUACCCAUGAGGCCCCGGGAUCGGUCCCGGGUGAUUGAUGCUGCCAAACACGCCCACAAGUUUUGUAACACAGAAGAUGAGGAAACUAUGUAUCUUCGCAGGUCUGAAGGCAUUGAACGGCAGUACAGGAAGAAAUGUGCAAAGUGUGGACUGCCACUCUUCUACCAGUCCCAGCCGAAGAAUGCUCCAGUGACCUUCAUAGUGGAUGGAGCAGUAGUCAAGUUUGGCCAGGGCUUUGGGAAAACGAAUAUAUAUACUCAGAAGCAAGAGCCUCCUAAAAAGGUGAUGAUGACCAAACGGACUAAAGACAUGGGCAAGUUCAGCUCUGUCACUGUGUCUACUAUUGAUGAAGAGGAAGAGGAGAUUGAGGCUAGAGAAGUGGCUGACUCGUAUGCACAGAAUGCCAAAGUGAUUGAAAAACAGCUGGAGCGGAAAGGCAUGAGCAAAAGGCGGCUACAAGAGUUGGCUGAACUGGAAGCAAAGAAAGCGAAAAUGAAGGGGACCUUGAUUGACAACCAGUUCAAAUGAUCAGGACCUUUCUCUGAACCCACACUGGAGGCAAGCAUUUAGACCAGGAGGCCAAAGAACUUUUUCUUGACUGCAUGGACUGGUUUCUACCUUUAUUCCUCAGAAGAGGGCUGUAUGUUGCUUCCUACAUUCAGUGAGGCCUUUUAGUCCAUCUGACCUGCUUUCUAGAGACGGAUCAUUCUGUUCAUAGGUCUUCUAUACUAUUUUUGUCCCUUUGACGUAAACUUCUUCAGCUGUGCAGAAACUCUUUGAAUAGAUCAAUCAGUGCUUGAGUGUCUGUAGUUUUUAAAGUAGCUAUUCUUAUUCCUUCUUCAGAGUUAAUAUAAUGCAUAAUGAUUUUUGAAAAAAUAUUAUGAUAUAUCAUAGAAAAAAGUGGUAUGAAUUAUAUUUAAAAUCACAGCAUGUUAGAUGCUUUUAAGUGACUCUGUCUCUCUUCUUAGACUGGCAGGUAUCGGCUAUGGUUCGAAUCUCUCUACUAUCAGAGAAAAUCCAUAAAAAGGCAGAAUCUGCAUAAAGCUCUCUUUACUUCAAAUAUGAAAGCCAUAGGUGAGCCAUCCCUUAUCAGACUUCGAACUUAAAGAACAAAAGCCAGAUUGGAGCGAGAGGGUAAGAUAGCUGAGAGAGCUGAAUGAAAACGGAGUCUCAAUAAGCAACACAAGGGAGCUACUAUCCUGUUGAGCAGCUAAUAGCACUGCUUCCAUGUGUGAGUACAUGUGAGGGAGAUAUAGAGUAAGAAAUGAUGCUGGGAUUUAUAAAGUACCUGUGAUAUCGAUAUGUAGUGUUUGUAUCCAUGUUUAAUCUGUUCACCUGUAUUACACGAUAUUGGGGCAGGAAGAAUAUUUUAACCUCCUUAUAGUAUCUAUAUCAUGUUGUGCUUAUUAAGUGCCCAACAUGUGUCUGUGAGAUGCUGUUGGAAAAUACUAGGGCAUUUUUCUUUGCUUUUUUCUGAUUUUUAUUUUAUUUGGAAGGAAAGGUGGGUUGGAGUUGGGGUAGACAUGAGCUAGCAAGAACUGGGAGAAAGAGGGGUGGAGGUCCUGGGAAAGCCCAGGGUGGUACCAUCUAUCUUCCCAGUUAUUCGCCUACAUCCAUUGAGGUCUUUGCAACUGAGUGUUCCUCUUCACCUCAUUUCCUAUAGGUAUCAUGUAGAUAACCAGCCAUAACCUCUACACAAUUCCUUGACCUCAACUCCAAACGAUGAUCUUUACCUUCACACCACUUUAGCCACAAGCUGUCAUGACCACAGCCUGGAUGUCACCUACACCCCAUCUGAAAUCCAGUGUUCUAUUCUCUGCUCACAACCUUCUAUCAUUGAUACUCUCAUAUUCUCACUUCCAUUAAACCUGUUUUGUUUUGCUUUUA